UCCCCAAAAGCAACAAUCCGAAAAAUCAGCUGAUCCCAAUAAACAAACCAUUCAUCGACCACUCGUUGCAGGAAGCAAUUAGUUUAAUUUAAAUUCACAAAACGCGUUCGGAAAUCCAGUUCAGUAAACCACACUUUGAAUCACAACUAAGGGACAGGAAUUACACCCGUACAAAGCGCCACGUGCUUUGAAUUAGGCUAAAUAACGCGAUCGGCAAGAUUGAGUGCGUUGCCGGUGUUUAACAUAAGGAAGAUAACCAAACAUGUGUCGAACGGUGUGACGUUAGUUGGGUGCAAGUUACUGUUUCAAAACACACACACGCCUCGACUAAAACAUCCCGUUUUAGGUGGUGCUUCCGGAAGUGGCGUUUUGGCCUCGAGAGGGGGUGUGAGAAACGCAAUGAACGCGAAAACGUGCCCAAGUGAUUAGUGAAUUUUGGAUUAUUUUUCGUUUUGUUUUUGUGACAUUUGUUUGGCGAAAUAACUGUGCCAUUAAAUUUUGGGGUGUUGAAAGUAAAACGAUGGAAGUGUGCUGUCUGAAAAUGGCAUCCAGAUGCAGGCCAACAAGAAACAUCAAGGACAUUACGCAGCUGUCGACGGCCGGUGCGUCCCACGAUUGCGGUUCCCUGUCUCGAGUCGUGAUGGUGCGGAAAACGGAUCAGCGCGUUAUCAAUCAUAAGGGUAGUCAAAAGGACCCACUAUGCGAGGUCAUCACGAUGGAGACCAUCUCGACGUACAAGGGCCACAAACCGGACCGGACGGUGGUCUUCAAGGAGAAGUUCGAUCUCAGCGGCAACGACAUGACCAAAUCGCUGUCCACCAGCAAGCUAAUGGGAUCGCCGCGUCUCUCGAUCAGCCCGCUGCGCACAGUUCUGACCACGACAACCGAGCUGGAGCAGGCGGGCAAGAGUGACCGAAACAACAACAACACGUCCCCGCUGGUCACCACGGGUCAGUCGUUGUUCAAGGAGCAGCAGCGCCACAAAUCGCUGGACAGGGCUGGGAACAACAAUGUAAGCAACGGGUACAUUUCGACGACGCCAAAGCCAACCCGGUGCUCCAAGAGUCCCUCGAUCAGCAACCUGCGCACCAAGUCCCCAUCGUUGUCCGCGUCACAGAGUUCGCUUCGCAGGUCGAUCUUCAACGAUUUUGAGCUCGAAUGCUUGAAGGCACACAACGAAUACCGGACGAAGCACGGCGUCCUGCCAAUGAAGAUGAACAAACGCCUUUGUCGGUACGCGGAAGAGUGGGCCAAAGUGAUCGCUGCGCGUGGCGUUCUGGUCCACCGGAGCAACUCCCAGUACGGGGAGAACAUCUUCUGCUCGUGGAGCUCGCCGAACGCGAACGUCGUCAUUACCGGGCGGGAACCGGUAGAGAACUGGUACAGCGAGGAACCGACGCACGUGUACGGGAAGGAACCGGCCACGCUCAAGACUGGCCACUUUACGCAGGUCGUGUGGCGAGACAGUCGCGAGCUGGGCGUCGGGGUAGCUAGGAAUAGAUCUGGUCAGGUGUUUGUCGUGGCCAACUACGAUCCACCGGGAAACUACAUCGGGAGUUUCGCCAAGAACGUGGCCCCGCCGGGCGGGUUUGAAAUACCAAAGAUUAUCGUGGACAGGCCGCUGGUCGAUGACUGCAAGGUGAUUACGCCCAAGCCGGAGAAGCACGUGCGCAUCGUGGACGAGAACGAUCCGGACCAGUUUGACGAGUUUUCGCGCGCGAUGCUGCGGCACCACAACGAGUACCGGCGCCGGCACGGCGCUCCGGACUUGGUGUUACACAAGGAACCCCUCCGGGAUGCGCAGCAGUGGGCGGAGAUCCUCGCCCGGGAUGACCGCUUCACGUACCGUCAGAACUCCAAGUACGGCGAGAAUCUGUACUGUUUGUGGUCUUCCGAUCGGCACGCCAAGCCCAACCCGAGGGACGUUUGCCGGUCCUGGUACGAAGAGGUCAAGCAGUACGCGUUCGCGGUUGAGCCGCGGGGCGUCAUCAAGGGAGGCCAGUUCACGCAGAUGGUCUGGAAGGGAACGCGCGAGUUGGGCGUUGGCGUUGGCCAAACACGCAGCGGCAAGGUCAUCGUGGUUUGUACGUACUACCCGCGGGGCAACGUGCUCGGCCAGUUUGUGGCCAAUGUGCAGAAGAAGACGAUUUAAAACCAUCCGUCAGGAAAACAAACACUAGAGAAGCCUUAAAACGAUCAAUCUUUGACACUUUUUUCCCCCACUCACAAAAAUCUCGACGAUCCUCGUAGAUAAAAGUUAUAAACUUGUAAAUCAAUCCACAAAGCAAAUCAUAUAAAAUCCGUACAACAAGCAAGCCUUUAAUCGCAGUAGCUACCGCAGGAGAAUUCGAUUCGACACAUCAAAGCAACCUGAGAAGAGAUGCCUUUACAGCUCCGUUUGGAAGCUCCUCCUCCUCCUUCCAUGCUUCACCGCCUACUGCUGCAAGAGUGGUGGGGUGGGUGGUGAAGCGCACGUGCACCACGUUACAAAAAGCACCUCAGCGAGCCAUAAUAAGCAAGCAAGCGCACCCGAUUCCGAACCUCUUCAUGAACACGUUGUUGCUAUAAAUGUAGAGAAGAUGAACCGAGAGAGAGAGGAGAGAAUAGCUUAUUUUUGUACAUCCACCAAGUCACAGUUUUUUGUAGAGCUUUUGAUACCGUUCGUUGUAGCUUUUCCGGUUUGCUAUAAAAUAAAGCUGGCAAAAAAAAAGUAACGCACAGGGAGUUAUGCAGAGUAAGCAUUUUAACACCGGGUUUUGAACAUUUAUUCACGUUUCAAGCAAAGUUUUGUAAUAAUCUUACCCAUUUUUUAGGCGAUAAAGCGACAUAUUUGGCUUCCUUGAUGUAAAUUUUUGUAUCAAAAUUGACUUAAAAAUUGAAAAAAAAACACGUUCACUUGACUUACAAAGAAACAAAUAUGCGAUAUAUUACGUAAAAGUAUUGAUCAGAAAUCAUCGUACAACAUUAAUUGGUAGAUAAGAGUUACAGACUAUUUAUAAAAUUGUACAUUUACUUCAACGCCAUCAUAGUUGUGUCAUUUUCGAUAAAAAGCAAGUUCAAGCAAGAUUAAAAUAAAAUGUUUUUCAAUAUGCAA